GAUGUGUACGGGAUCAGAAAGAGAAACCUGACAGACCUAUAUAGAGGCAUGUUGCCUUACUUGUGACACUGAACACAAGAGUGCUGCAGGGAACCUGCACACAGGAUCACUCAGAGGACAGACACUGCUGGACAAACCGGUAGUAGUAGGUGUGUCGUGUGUCGGCUGCUGUCAAAUAAACACGAGGGAAAGCAGCACUUCUAAGCACGACUCAAUGAGAGCAGCCACUCACCUGAGAGGCACGUGUGGAGAAAGGCUGAGGUGAAACUCGCAGGAGAGGAGGACGAACAACAUGGCACAGACAAAAAUGGGUGCCAGGAACCCUCUUACAGAGGCAGCUGUAGGCUUUGCACUGGGAACUGUGGCAGGCUGUAUACUGGGAGCCACCGAGGACCCACUGGACAAAACCCUGUCGAUGAUGACUGAAGCAGGAUCACUGAGACCGGUAAUAGAGGAGAUAGAGAAAGUUGGUCCUUUAGGGCUUGGGACCUUGAUUGGAGCCUCAGCACUGACCACAGCGACGACAUCGGCAGUAGCUGGUGUGAUUCUGGCAGCAGUGGCGGCUUCCAUGUUUGUGGCCACCAGGAGCUGCACGGCCUCCCACUCAAACUCCGGUGGUUUGUGGGCAUCAGCAGGAUUGGCUGGAGCCUUCGGGACCACUCUCAGUGGAGCCACGCUUGGGCUUGCUGUUGAAUGGAUUGUGAUGAAGUACGGCAUGAUGGGUCUUCUGUGGGCUCUGAGCAUUUUCACUCUGUCAAAACCUCCCCUGCACUUUGUACUGAAGCUCCUCUGGAAACAGAGUGAGGCCUGUUGCACUCUGGGGUCUACAGAUUGGGUCAGGGAAAGGGAACAGAUUGAGAGUACAGAGUCUCAGCAGAGACAGAGAGUGGCUGUGCAGAUAGAGCAGAAGAUCCUGACACUGGAGAAUGGAAGCGACACUUCUGGAAAUGAGGACAGGACAACGUGGGACACUGAGCGACGGCAGAGAGAGGAGAUCGAGAGGAAGAAGGUGAAAGCUGCAGAGGCAGAGAUGGAGCAAAGAACCCUCCAAGAAUGGAUCAACACUGUGGUCGUCAAACAUGUGGACUUCCUGGCCUUCUCAGGAAUACCAAUGACAAUUGUUGCUAUAGUAACAUCAGGCUUUGGGAUCUUUGGCUACGGAGGGCACCAGUCUGUAUUCAUAGUGCUUCUGGCUUUGGUUAUAGUCAUGGCCUAUUUUCUAAUAAAAUCUUCUGACUUUAAGUUCUGGAUGUUAGUAGGAUGCAUGGGAAUGCUAGCAACGUUUGUCAUUGCCAUGCUCACCCUACACGCUGGACAGAUGGUCGUCACAACUGCCAUGAAGAUGCAUGCGACAGGGCAGAAACCAUCCCGGGAAGACGUUAGAACUCGCAUGAACCAGGGGUCCUCUUUGGAGGCAUUGAAAGCAGCUUUCUUUGUGGCAAAACUUUGUCAGCUGGCAUUGGGGGCCGCAGUGGGGGGGCCACUAGUGAGGCAAGCAGCUGGAGAGGUGAAAGUCAUAGCAGGGGCGGCUUUAGUGGCACUAGGUUUACUGGUUGGGGUGGAGGUUUUAGCUCCAGCUCUGGGGAAAGGGGGUCAAAGUGGGGCUCUGCUUGGGGUGGUGGGUGCGGCGGGGGUGUCGGUGGGCGCAGCAUCAGCUGUGGCCGGAAGGUGGUCGUCAUGGCAAGGAACUUUGGGAACGGUAGCAGGAUUAGUUAUCGGGGCAUUAGCGAUGGGGAAAUGGCAUGUUGUCAACAUUGGACUGCAGGUGCCUGUGGCUUAUGUCUUUGCCAUGACCAAUCCAUUUUAACACAACAUGUGUCAAGAUCCCAUGGGCCUUCUGUCAAAAAUGUUAUUAGUGCACAAUGAGCUGCCAAUGUUUAUCGUUUAUCUAGUUUUUAACUACCUAUUUUAUGGCGUAUAAUGUUUGUCAAUGUUAUCUAUUUUCUACAAAAAUGUUUCAACCUCUGUUCAGAUUAAAACUCCUUUGUUAAAUCCCUCUGCCAUUUGAAUAUUAAAUCAUGCAUUCCAUUUUUAGGUCCUGGGUUCAAGUAAAUAUAUUUUAAUUUGACUGUUUAACACCAUACUGACCAGUUUUCCUCUGUUUGGUAUGCAAGUUGUUCUUCUGGUUUUCUGUCAAUUGGAUGCCACAAGGACAAUGUAUGCAACUCAAGUGAUGUGUUGAUAAGGAUGACAUGUGUAAAAGAAUGUGUGUGUGUGUGUGUGUGCUUUUUUUGUUAUGCCAUAAGGACCUUUUCCGCUAUAAACACUGACCUUUGUCGGAAUCAGGAAACAAAACCUGGUCCUGAUGAGGCAGAACCUAAUUUUGAGGCUCUGAUUAAAGUUGGGAUUAAAACAUGUAGCGUGGUUAGAUUAAUGUUAGGGUUAGGCUUUAACUGGUUGUGGUUAAGGUAAAAGGGAAAAGGUUCUGGUAAGUACAGUACUGUACAAAUGAACAGACGACUAACAUGCUUCUGACUGGAUUUAUCUGAUACCGGACCAGGAAUGGACAACAAUCUGGAGUUUACCAUCCCAGUAUCUUGUCAUAAAUAAAUCUAUUUUAUUGCACCAAGGUUUUACUUGCACAAAGAUACAGUGACAUUGAUGUGAACUUGUAUGUCUGUCAUCAGGCUCCAAAGGAUAAACAUCAUUUGUGAGUGUAGACAGUUUAAAGUACCAGUUUGUUUACAUAUUACUACAUUCCUUUAGUACAACUAUACUGUACACACAUGAGUGCAUCUGCAUGUGACUGUAUGACGGAGAGAGGGAGAGAGAGAGAGAAAUAAAUAAAUGAUUGUACUUUAUCAUAACCUGAUAAAGCACACUACCUCAUGCAUGUUUAGUUAUUAAUAAUAAAAAGAAGCUUUUUUCUUCUUCA